AUGGCGGGCAGUGAAGACCGUGGCCCGUCGGAUGAUAAUAGUGAAGCAGAGUGGUCUGAUUUUAGCAGCAAUAGUUCGACAACAAACGCUUUGGACAGCUUGCCAUUUAGUCUCCGGUCUCUAGAUCCUAUUUUUGUGCUUAAUACUAUAAUUUCUUGCUUUCCGCGACAGUCAGAUAGUUCAGCCGCUUUAAGCGCAAGUGAUAGAGCACCUAACACUUCUGGCACGAACGACAGGUUUCGAAAGUUCUCUUAUUAUCUAUCCGUAUAGCGUCAUUUCUUGGCUAAAUAUUGCUGUUUUAAGCUGAUCGAGUUAUUCUUUUCCUGUACGUCUGUCUCCGCAGAAUCCUAGACGGCGUGGAUGCGUCGCUUACUACUUACGGCGAUCCCCUCGUGUGGCGUGGAUCACAAACAGAGGCAAAAUACUCAAGGGCGUUAAAUCUGUUACUGAUUAGCCGCGAAGUAAGUAAUUUUUUAUUUCUCUUCAAUAUAUUCUGACCUAAGCUGCUUCCUGAUAGUUGUAAAAGGAACCAGGUUUGCUCCUCUUCGCUUUUCAAUUCUGUUUUUAAUAUUUUGAUUUCGUUUAUCCAUGUGCAUGUUGAGCGCGUAUGUGAGCUUACCUACAUUUAUACAUUGCGCAGAUUGUAGUUAUUUUUUGAAUAUAAAAUACAUUACAACUUGUGUUAUUCGCUGGUGUGGCAUACGUAUAAGUAGCCCGUGUAUUAAAUUUGGACAAAAACAGACACAAAUACAUUAUGAGAAACUCCCCCACCCCCACAUGGAGGGGAUUUCUUAUGCAGGUAUCAAUGUUUGGACAGACGGGGUGGGGGAGGGGGGAGCGGUUACGGGAAUAGGUGCAGCAUUUGAUGCUUCUCUUUGUUUUGCAAUUAUUUCUUUGGUCAAAUUCCUGACCCCUGGGACUGGAAAAUAGUUCAAAUUUGAUGAAAUAUCCCUUUAUUUGGGAUAGCAAAACCACAGCUUGAGGCAAAAUUAUUUUUGUGGUCAAAAUCUUCAAAUAGGGGCCCAAGAAAGUGCUCAAAAGUCGCACCUAUGCCCGUACCCCUAUCUCUCCACCUAAACAUUGAUACCCUCAUUACGGCUACGUGUAACCUCCUUACCCUCCCCCUCCACUAUUUCUUUGAGGCCUUGAGGAAAUAAUAAAGAAGGGCGAGGAAACCUCUUUUCCUUCUUGGGCAAGGGUAUGGCUAAACGUUGGUAAAUAGAUGAUUUUUUGUACAAUGUAUUGAUCAUCAACAAACUGCUAUUUUAUGAUAAAGGUAAAUGGAAACUAGAACAUCAUAACUGCUAAAAAGAAAACAGCUUGACUUUCCAGGCCCAGGUUGUUCAGGGCUUGAAAUUAUGACUGAUAUGGUCGCCAAUACGACUAACAUUUUCUCCUUGGUGACUAAAAAGUCUUGUUUAGUUGCCACUUUGGUGACCAGAUUUCUCUAUCAUAUGAGAUUUAAAUUAAAAGAGUAAAGUUAAAACAAACAUUUCAUCUUAUCUUGCUUCGCUAUGUGUCAAUGUGCCAAAUCGCCUGAACAAAGGCAGUUUACCUUCAGAUUUAUACUGAAUCCGGUCUGCGAUAUUUUCAAACAAUCAAAUCUGUUAGAUCGCGCCAUACUAUCAGCUGCGUCAUUUACAUUAUACAAACUGGAGACUAAAAAUUUACAUCCUCAGGUUGCCAAAAGGCAACCUGAGGAUUUUUUUAAUUUCAAGCUGUGUUGGUCAAAUGUUAGAUAGAGCUAUCCACUGGAUAAAUUACUCUCUAGUGGAUAAAUAUUAGGGACAGUGGAUAGAGAUUUAUCUCAGGCCAGGACUUUUGAAUUGCUGUGGCAAAAAUAUUAUGCCCCAAUUAUUCUCUCUUGACAAGAUGCUUUAUCGUGGCAAAUACAGUAGAACCAUGAUAACUUGAACUCGGAUAACUUAAACUCCCUGCUAACUUGAACUAAAUUUCCUUUCCCUUGAUCAAAAUUUUCUCUGAAAUUUACCCCAAUAACUCAACUUUCCGCUAACUCGAACUGUUGUUUGUUUCCCUUCAGAGUUUGAGUUACCAAGGUUCUACCAUAUUGUUUUGUUUGCAGAAUAAAUUGCCUUCUUGGCAGCUUAAAGAAGAUGGGGAGUAUGCCUUGUCAAGAACUUUUGACUUUCAUAAGUUUGCUGAGAACUUUAAAGCACAAUCCUCUGAUAAAAGGUGGAGUAGUGAUUCAAACGGACUUGAACAAGACUUUACUUCAGCAAAAUCUACUGGUCAACCGUCUCUAAGCUGUGAUUCAGAUAGUGAAAAUAGUGAAGAUGAUGAAAUAUUUCUAGUGUUUAGAGGAAAACCAAACAGUCGGCUUUCAAGUUUUGAUGAGUGCCAAGCUGCUGCAGGUAAAAGCAACAACCAAUAAUGAAUCCUCUAUCAAACCUUGCGGGGCCUUAUUUAUUUCAAGUACAUUAAAGUGCCUAUCACUUAAAAUUUUUUAUUUUCUUAUCUGAAACUAGACCUUAUUAAAAUAACUUUUGCGAAAAAAUUCUGCGAUUUGAACCAAAGACGAUUUUUUUAGAAUUUUAUAAAAACAUUCAAAUUUGCCGCCAUUUUGGCACACCAUUCGUCUUAGCCUUCUUUCGGGGUUCGACAUACUUUAAGGAACAUGUGACUUUAUCGACAGGAAAACAUUAAAAGUUCUUGUAGGUUUUUCUGUUUCAGAAAAAAUUUCUUCUUGCGAAGACAUUGUGAUUCAAUCCUUACUCGUAAUUAUUGAUCUUUUUUGUGUACAGCUGGUGAAGGAAAGGUAAUGUGAGUUCCUAAAUUUACGUCACGUGACGUCAUGUAUGAGUCUGCUAGUUUGCGUGAUCAGUGGCGUGGGUGUACCGCAAAAAUGUGGACCUCAAAAAUUGGUUAAAAAAUCGCAUUUUGUUGAAAUGGCAAAAUUUUUUUGCAGAAGUUAUUUUAAUAAAGUAUAGUUUCAGAUAAAAAAAUUAAAAAUUUUAGGUGAUGGGCACUUUAAAGGGGUGGUUAUUUGAGAGGGGGCUUAUUUAAUUUAGCGAAGGUGAUGGUGUCAAUUCUCCAUAAAAUCUAAAAGUAAACUGAAAAAGCUCAGACACAUGAAGUUGGAGGUCAUGCAUCCGAAGAUCAAAAUCAAAUCAGAACUUCCAGCAUGUGGACAGAUCAUACCAGAUCACUGAUAAGUCCACAUGAAGUGUUACAGUCUACCACUUAUUCUGAGAAUGAAGGGGGAGGGGAAGGGCAGUUUUAUAACUUUCUUCCUCUGAAAAUGGGGGAUGGGGGGUAGGGGCUUAUUAGAGAGGAGGGGCUUAUUUGAGUUGGUGGGGGUGGGGGGCUUUACGGUAACUAUUAAAAGUAUUGCUUGUAAAGCAUCUUUUUUGAAAGAAGAUUAAGAUGAUGUUGUGUUACCAAAGAUGUUUUCUAUAACAGUAAAUAUUACUAGGGCAAUGCUAAAUAGCAGUGCCUGGUUUCCCCAAGCACCUUACUAAUUUACUCUUGGAUGACUAGGAAAUUGUAGUUUUUGCAGAAAAAAUAAAUUGUCAUAUACUGGACACCCUGAAUUUUAUAGGUUUGGGACUUUGGGCUCCCUUAAAUCGGUAUUUGAACUUAUGAAAUUCUAUACCGUUAUAACAAGAGGAGACUUUUUUCUUUUUUUGUAUAUUUGAAAAAUAUGGAUUGGAUUGAAACACGUAUUUUUAUUAAAAUGAAAAAUGUUCUUUUUUGACAGGACUUUCUGAACUUUCAAAUGGAGAACUCUCAGACCUAAAACAGGAAAUGGCUGCUUAUGUCAAGGAGUACUCAGAUGUUCUCAUAGAGGAAUUAACAUUAAGAGAAGAAUUAGAAAGAGAAAAAGAAGUCAAGAACAAAUUUAUAUCCACUUUAUUAACUGUUCAAUCAAAAAUACGAGAGUUACAAGCUGGCCAGACAAAAGGCAAAAAGGGCUUUUCUACAAAUUCAGGAAAGGUAAACAUAAUUUGUACACGAGGGUUAUUGUACUUUGUUGUGUUCAUCAAACUUUGACCAUUCUCAUUUUAAGUGACUUUUUACAUUUAGACAUGUGCACCGUAAGAAACCUGGAGGAUUAAACGUGGUAGUUUGAUAAAUAGUUGCUGUUGUCUCAGAGAUGCUUCAUACACAGUGCAGAUUUAAUUGAUGUAUUUGUCAAUAAUUAACCCAUUUAAACGGGUGCAAAGAAAGUCAGUUUACAGCUUGCCAUUCAGGCAAGCUGUAACUAGCAUUUACUAGCCCAAGAGUGAUUGUAACUAGCCCCCAAUUUUUUUUUGAUGACUAGAAUUGACUACAGUUCUUCGGUGCUUUAGAAAAAACUUCAUUUGCCCGUCGGGCUAGUUAAGAACAGAAUUCCCUUUUCCUGCUACCGGGUGCAACUUUCUUUACACGCUGAUUUAAACCCUUUAUCAGUAUUCAUUUUUACCACACUGUUCUCAAGGGAUUUGUAUUGAUGUAUUGUCAAUAAUCACUUAUAUUAAAACCCUAAUAUCAGAAUAAAAUUUUAAAUAUUCUCUGUACUGUCUUUCAUACAUUUUCCAUGCUACUUAAAAAGAAUUUCAUUAACAAUCAAGACCUUUUUCACUUGAUUAUGAACAUUUCCUCUUUGUCACAUUGUUACUUUUAGUUGAGAGACAAAACUAAUGGUUCUUAUGAUUUUUUUUGGUUUUCAGUACUUGACCACAGUAAUUCCUUACGAUGACUUUGAUGGAGGUCCAAGCACAAAAGUGUUACUACAAUUAAUUGAAAGUAGGUGUUAAAUUUUAUACUGUCUUGAAGUGUUCCUAACUAUUAUUGAAUGGCUAUCUACAAGUGAAAAAUCCCUCCCAAGCUGAUGAUAUGAUGAAAGAUAUAAUUUGUUUGUAGUUAUGGAUGCACUUCUUGCUGACAGCCCCACUGUUCCAGGAUUGUUGACAGAAUAUAUACUUAAAGGUGAGUGC